AUGGAUGAUGAUCGCCCGCAGAGGAGCAUUAAUCAACAAAGCACACUACAGAAAGUACCAUUGAAAGAGAUACAAGCAGCAACCAAUAACUUCGAAAUCUGUUUUUACGAAACUGAAGAUGGCGAACGAUAUUACGAAGGGGAACGAGCUUCCAUCUUAGGAAUACCUACAAGCGUGUUUAUAAAGAGGUAUCCUGAGCAUACGGGUCAUUAUUUGGAUGAGCUGAGGCAGGCCACUGACCUACAGCAUCCAAAUGUUUUGUCGGCUUUCGGUUACUGCAACGAGAAAGGGGAGGAGAUUUUGGUGUAUGAGUAUCCGGAGCUUGGAAUCUUAGAUGAGUAUCUAAAUCAAAGCAAUGGACCAGCUUCUCCUUGUCUCACGUGGCAACAAAGACUUGAAAUAUGUUCAGGUGCAGCUCAUGGAUUAGCUUACCUCCAUAGUCAAGACCAGCUUUACGGGGCACGUGAUGCUUAUUUAUCACCCGAAAGGAUUAUUGACGAUGAAGACGUGGAACUGACGAAAGAAUGCAAUGUAUAUUCUUUCGGCAUGGUAUUAUUUGAAUUUCUGUGUGGGGGGUUGUGCACCCAAAAGGUAAAUGGCUACAUGUUGUCAGCCAAACGGAUGAGAGAGUUCUAUGAAAAGAAGAAACUUUAUAAGAUUGUUGAUCCUGUUUUAAGACAAGAGAAGACCAGCUCAUCUUCCUUGGAGAAAUAUUCAGCAAUUGCGUAUCAAUGCUUGUCGUAUGAUCCACAAACACGACCUUCCAUGAAUGAUGUCGCAAUAGAGCUUGGAGAGUUAUUCAAUAUCGAGAGCAGCAUUCAACAACAAAGCAAAAUACAGAAAGUAUCAUUGAAAGAGAUACAAGCAGCAACCAAUUACUUCAAAAAGUGUAUUGGCAAAACUCCUGACGGCAAACGCGUAUAUGAAGGGGAACUUUCCAUUUUCGGAACACCAACAAGGGUAUAUAUAACAAGGUAUCGUAAGCAUACGGGUAAUUUUUCGGACGACCUGGACGACUCCACUAAACUACAGCAUCCAAAUGUUUUGUCCGCUCUCGGUUACUGCAACGAGAAAGGGGAGGAGAUUAUGGUGUAUGAGUACAAAGAGCGGGGAAGUUUAGUUCAGUAUAUAAGGCGUAGCAAUCGAUCAACGUCUACUAGUCUUACGUGGCGAGAAAGACUUGAAAUAUGCGCAGGUGCAGCUCACGGAUUAGCUUACCUCCAUAGUCAAGACGUGUGUAGCUUGGAAUUUAGAAGCGCCUCGAUUCUUCUGGAUGACAAGUGGGUUGCCAAAGUUGUUGAUGAUGCUUAUAAAUCACCAGAAAACAUAUCGGCGAAAACUUCAACAGCUUUAAAUAAUGCUUAUAAAUCACCCGAAAGCAUUGUUGAUGAUAAACACACGGAAGAAGGCAAUGCGUAUACUUUCGGCAUAAUAUUGUUUGAAGUUCUGUGUGGGAGGUUGUGCACCGAAGUGGUAGAUCGCCACGUGUUGUCAGUCGAAGAGAUGAAAGACUUGUAUAAAAGGAAGAAAGUUUAUAACUUUGUUGAUCCUGUUUUAAGACAAGAGAACAUCAGCUCAUCUUUCGUGGAGAAAUAUUCAGCAAUUGCGUAUCAAUGCUUGUCGUAUGAUCCUAAAGAACGACCUUCCAUGGAUGAUGUCGCAGUAGAGCUUGAAGAGAUAUUGGAUAUCGAGAGGAGCAUUAAUCAACAAAGCACAAUACAGAAAGUACCAUUGAAAGAGAUACAAGCAGCAACCAAUAACUUCGAAAUCUGUUUUUACGAAACUGAAAGUGGCAAACGAGUUUACAAAGGGGAAAAACUUUCCAUCUUAGGAAUACCUACAACAGUGCUUAUAAAUAGGUAUCCUGAGCAUACGGGUUAUUAUUUGAAUGACCUGGACGUCUCCACUGAACUACAGCAUCCAAAUGUUUUGUCCGCUCUCGGUUACUGCAACGAGAAGGGGGAGGAGAUUAUGGUGUAUGAGUAUCCCGAGCGUGGAAGCUUAGAUCAGUAUAUAAGGCGUAGCAAUAGACCAGCUUCUACUAGUCUUACGUGGAGACAAAGACUUGAAAUAUGCGCAGGCGCAGCUCAUGGAUUAGCUUUCCUCCAUAGUCAAGACCAGGUGCAGAUAGAUUUUCAAAGCAGCUAUAUUCUUCUUGAUGACAAAUGGGUUGCUAAAAUUAGUGAUCUAGAAAUAUCCACACAAGAUUCAACAGAUGUUGAUGCUUAUAAAUCACCCGAAAGCAUUUAUACUGAUGAUAAACACACGGAACCGACUAAAGAAAGCAAUGCAUAUACUUUCGGCAUAAUAUUAUUUGAAGUUCUGUGUGGGAGGUUGUGCACCGAGGUGGUAGAUGGCUACAUGUUGUCAGCCGAAGAGAUGACAGAGUUGUAUCACAGGAAGAAAGUUUACAACUUUGUUGAUCCGGUUUUAAGACAAGAGAACAUCAGCUCAUAUACCGUGAAGAAAUAUUUAGCAAUUGCGGAUCGAUGCUUGUCGCGUUAUCCUAAUGAACGACCUUCCAUGGAUGAUGUCGCCGUAGAGCUCGAAGAAAUAUUGGAUAUCGAGUUGGUUGAAGACAUUAAAGUUGCGUGCCAUGAGUUGGCUGAUGCAACCAAUUAUGACCCUGAUGGUAGUUUGAUGGACGAUCUAAUAGAAGAUGCUGACAGGCUUGUUUCUUGUUUAGCACCUAAAAUCCCAGAGGCUCUUGACUUUAGCAUGAUGUGUGCUUCUUCAAAAUGUUGCGAAUAUGUUCUCAACACACUCACGUUGGCAUUUGAAAAUAAGCGGCUUGCUCAUGCUGUCAACCAGAGAACACUCACAAUUUGUUUACAGAGCUUUUGCUUUGGCUUUUAG